AUGGCCGCGUCCGAGGCAGGGGCCGCUCCGGCGAAGCGGAAACUCAACGGUGCGCCAAGAGCAGCGCCAGUGCCCUAUGGUUUGGAUUUUGAGGAAGGCCAAGAAGAGGCUUUGGGAAGCACAAUUCAUGACAGCUUUCUGGGUUUCACCGAGGAAAGCACGAGGAGGAUGCGAGAUAAAGCGGCUGCUGGGGUCGUCCCCAAGGAUGGACGAACGGCUGCACAGGCCACCACUCGAAGUGAUUGGGGAAGCCCAGAUUGGAGAUGUCUUUGCACCAACUACGCUGGCAGCUGCAACGAGAAAGCCAUUGAUCGCUACCAUCGAAGGCGAAUAAAAUCAAAGCAACUUUGCCAACAACAGCGGGAGGAGCGCUGGGUGAAAUGCUUUCGCCGUUGGGAGAAGACAGAUGCCACUGCAGUCAGCAGCACGGAGUUUUCGAUACUUCCAGCAGGUUGGCUUCUGGACGGCCGACCGCUGCCAGAGGGCCUUCCGCCGAAGCCGAAGGCUGCAGCUGAGAUCUUGGAAGAGGCUAAGGCAGCUGCAGCGAAACGCCUGGCCGCAGCGGCGCAGAUUGGACCCAUGGUGUCGCCAGAGAGCUCAGGUUGUGAAAUUUCUCCGCUGGAGAUGACUUUGUCCAAAAAACUGGGGUAUACCUAG